CCCCCGACCCUUCGAAGGAAAACUUGUCCAAGCCCAACCUCGCCGUUUCAGUCGGUUCCCAUCCCCCCUCGCGUGAGUUUCUUCUUCCUCCAAGUCCAGGCCGGGUGGGAGAGAGGCGGGGCGACCGACGAUGAAGGAGUACUGGACGAUGCUGGCGUCCCUCAUGGGCGCGCUGGCGUUCCUGCAAGGGGUGCUGCACGCCGUGUUCCCGGCGGAGCUGCGGGCGGCGCUGGCGCGGCUGCUCGGGCGCCUCACCCGCGCCUUCUCGCCCUACUGCUACUUCGACGUCACGGAGACGGACGGGAUGAGCAACAACGAGAUCUACGACGCCGUGCAGCUCUACCUCAGCAGCACGGCCGCGCCGGCGUCGGGGGCCCGGCUCAGCCUCACGCGCCCGCACAACGCCACCUCCUUCACCUUCGGGCUCGCCGCCAGCGACCGCGUCGUCGACGCCUUCCGCGGCGCGGCCGUCACGUGGGAGCACGUGGUGGCGCCGCGCCAGUCCCCCGGCUUCUCCUGGCGCCCGCUCCCCGAGGAGAAGCGCCGGUUCACGCUCCGGAUCCGCCGCGGCGACCGGGAGAAGCUGCUGCCGGCCUACCUCGACCACAUCCUCGCCACGGCGCAGGAGAUCCGCCGCCGGAGCCAGGACCGGCUGCUCUACACCAACGCGCGCGGCGGGGCCAUGGACUCGCGCGGCCUCCCCUGGGACCCCGUCCCCUUCAAGCACCCCAGCACGUUCGACACCCUCGCCAUGGACCCCGACCGCAAGGCGUCCAUCAUGGCCGACCUCCGCGACUUCGCCGCCGGCAGCUCGUUCUACGAGCGCACGGGCCGCGCCUGGAAGCGCGGGUACCUCCUGUACGGCCCGCCGGGGACCGGCAAGUCCAGCAUGAUCGCGGCCAUGGCCAACUUCCUCGGGUACGACGUGUACGACCUCGAGCUCACCGAGGUGAGCAGCAACGCCGAGCUGCGGAAGCUGCUGAUGAAGACCACGUCCAAGUCCAUCAUCGUGAUCGAGGACAUCGACUGCUCCGUCGACCUCACCAACCGGGCGGCCCUGCCCCCGGCGCCGAAGCCGCGGUCAACCCUGGACGGCGCGAUCGACCAGGAAGCGGGGGCGGCGUCGGGGCGGUCGAUCACGCUCUCCGGCCUGCUCAACUUCACCGACGGGCUGUGGUCGUGCUGCGGGUCGGAGCGCAUCUUCGUCUUCACCACGAACCACAUCGAGAAGCUGGACCCGGCACUGCUCCGGUCCGGCCGGAUGGACAUGCACGUCUUCAUGAGCUACUGCACGUUCCCGGCGCUCAAGAUCCUCCUCAAGAACUACCUCUGUCUCGAAUCCGGCGCGGACGACGGCGCCGAGGUGAUGCGGGGGCUGGAGGAAUGGAUCGAGGCGGCGGAGAUCACGCCGGCGGACGUGAGCGAGGUGCUGAUCAAGAACCGGAGGAACGGGAAGGAGAGGGCGAUGGAGGAGCUGCUGGAGGCCCUGAAAGCGCGCGCCGAGAAGCGGUGUCUCGACGGCGGCAAGUCGGCGGCAGCGGCGGCGGCGAAGGACAACGACGAAGAGGAGGAGGAGGAGAAGAGGGCCCUGGAGAGCCCCAAGGAAGGGAAAGGGCCGGCCGGCAAGGACAGCUGCGACGACGGACAGGACGAGGAGACGGAUGCCAAGAAACAGCUGUGAGACUGAGCAAGCCAAGCGCCGCGCUGAGGGGGACAGGAAGAGGGAAAGCGAACGGUUCAAAAUUUCCCUGUUUGGUCACGCCAUAUUCAGAUAUUCUCCCCCCUUUUCACUGGAGAACGCAAUGCGAUGCAAGAGAAAAAUAGCCUUUCCUCUUCCGUUAUUCGAUGUUUGCAGUAGCAAGUAGUGGCACUCCUAGAUGUAUUCUCUUGAGUUGGUUUUCUUUUCUCUAUCCUCUACUAUGGUAAGAAGAAAGAGAUGUUUGAAGACUCA